AUGGCAUCGACGACCAUCACGGCAGCAUGCUUGACUGUUCCGGCAGCAUGUACAUUUUUCAGCCUGCGGCAGAGAGGGCAGUCCCACCAGGCGUACGCCAGCCUGGCGGUGGAUGAGGAUGGCGAUGGGGCCGAGGAUGUCGUGGACGACACCCCGCUGGCGGCGCGCACGGCCAGAUUGUUUGCGGCGGCGGGAGCCAUUUGCGCCGUGGUCGCCUCCGCAUUCGCGUCUCUGGACGCGCGGUCGAUGGAGAGCUUCAUGCUGCUCGCGGGAUGGGCCCUUGUCGCAUUCCAGGCGCUGCGAUUCGUGCGCGAGAAGUCGUCGUCGCUGCGGCGCUUCAGGCUGGGGGUGCUGCUGGCGGGAUCCUGCAUCGCGCUGCUCGUCGGAGUCGCAUUCACCCACUACUUCGCCGCGGCCGACGCGUCGCUGGCAUUCCGUGCGGUGAGUGCAGCCGAGUUCGUUGCGGGCGCGACUGCAGCCGUGGGCGGCGUGUCGGUGCCCCGGCAGCAGGCCCUAAGCGAGCCAACCGGCGCCCCCGUCGACGCCCAGAACGCCGUCUCUGCCCUCUCCAAGUACACCUUCUCCUGGGCCCGUCCUCUUUUGGACCGUGCCCGCGCCCAAGGCACGCUUGAAUAUGCCGACCUGCCGUCGCUGGACAGCGAAACCCGCGCCCGCCAUCUGCACGCCCGCUUUCACCGCAGUCCAUCCACGCCGCUGUGGCGCCUCGUCAUCGCCGACCAUCGCCAAAAUUUCAUCGUCCAGUGGGCAUUGACCGUCGUCGAAAGCUUUCUGCUGGUCGGCCCUCAGUUCUGCUUGUUUCAGUUGCUCAAGCUGCUCGAGCGCAAGGGCACCGAGCCCAUCGACCACCGCGACCUUUGGCUCUGGGCUGUGGCCUUGAUUGUCCUGAAGAUCACACACCUCUUCUGCGAAUCAUGGAUCGAAUGGGUCAACUUCGCCAUGCUGGCUACUCCCAUCCGCUCUCAGCUGUCGGCCCUCAUCUUCUCCAAGUCCAUGCGCCUGAAGGACAUCAGGACGGUGAAGAACACGGACGUCGCCGCCAAGAAGCCGAACAGCGAGGACGCAGACUCGGGCAUCGGCGACGUCGACGAAGAGGCCCUCGAGAUGGAGACGUUGAUGACCAAGGAAGAGCGUGAUGCUGCCGAGGCCGAUGACGAAGCCGACGAAGAAGAACCCAGCCCCGCCGCCCAAGGCGCCAUCAACCUGUUGGGUGUUGACGUGCAGCGUGUCUCUGACUUCGCCGGCUACAAUGUCCUCAUUCCCGGGAGCUUGUUGAAAAUCCUCAUCGCCGCCUGCUUCCUCGUCAAUCUCAUCGGCUGGAUCAGCACCGUCGUCGGCCUGUCUGUGCCCAUCCUUUUCCAGCCCCUCAACCAGGUCGCUACCCGCGGAUACUCCAAUGCAGCCGAGGCCGUCAUGAUGGUACGUGACGAAAAGACGCACGUCGUGACUGAAGCCCUGCACGGCAUCCGCCAGAUCAAGUUCUCAGCCAUCGAGUCUCAGUGGCAAAGCGUCAUAAUGGAGACCCGCAAGCGCGAGCUCGGUGCCCAGUGGCGCCUGUUCAAAUGGGGAACCUUUAUGACUUUUACCUGGCUUUCCAUGCCCAUUCUCCUUGGUGCCGCCGCCUUGGGCACCUACGCCUGGCUCAACGGCUCUGUCACUGCCUCGGUCGCCUUCACCGCCCUCUCCGUCUUCACCAGUCUGGAGUGGACGCUGAGCGUGGUCCCCACCACCAUCACCGAGUUGAUCGACGCCAAGGUCAGCAUCACCAGGAUUCAGCAACAUCUGGACCAGCAGAACGAACGAGGCGACGCCAAGACCGGAGACGAAGUCACUUUCACGAAUGCCUCGGUCAGAUGGCCUUCAGAGUCCAUCGACUCCUCCGCCUUCACGCUACGCGAUCUGAACCUCCAGUUUCCCAACAACGAGCUCAGCGUCAUCCAUGGCAAGACGGGUUCCGGAAAGAGCCUUUUGCUGGCUGCCAUACUGGGUGAAGCAGACGUGGUCAAGGGCACUGUUCGCGCCCCCCGCUCUGCAUCUUCUCUCGACCGUCGCGACAACCUCGCCACACUGAGCAACUGGAUCAUCCCGUCCUCGGUCGCCUUCGUUUCGCAGAUUCCGUGGAUCGAGAAUGCGUCGUUGAAAGACAACGUAUUGUUCGGACUGCCGUUCGUGGCGUCCAGGUAUCGGAAAGUGCUCGAUGCCUGCGCCUUGACAAAGGACCUCGAGGUCCUCCCUGACGGAGAAGAGACCGAGAUCGGUGCCAGCGGAAUCAACCUCAGCGGUGGUCAACGGUGGCGCGUUACCUUGGCUCGAGCUCUGUACUCGAGGGCGGGCACCCUGGUGCUUGAUGACAUCUUCAGCGCGGUGGAUACCCACGUGGGCAAGCAUAUUCUGGUCAAUGCUCUCCACGGCGAGCUGGUGGAGGCAAGAACAAGGAUACUCGUCACUCACCACAUCGGGCUUGUCUCAGCUCUCGCGAGCUACAUCGUUGAGCUUGACGGCGAUGGCUUCGUGAAAACUGCCACACAUCAUCGGCCCUUGGUUCAACACUUCGACACCGACAUCUCUGAAGACUCAGAGGACCUGGAAAACGUUGAACUCGAAGGCACGAAAGCCCCGCCGAAGAAGUUCGUCGAGGACGAAGUUCGUGAGAAAGGCAGGGUCAAGCUGGACGUGUACAAGGGCUACAUGGGGGCGUCUGGUGGGGUGUCGUACUGGACACUCACCAUCGGGCUGUACGUGCUUUCGGCACUCAGCAUCCUCGGUCGUUCGUAUUGGAUCAAGUAUUGGACCCAGCAGACGAACUCGAGCGCGCCUGACAAGAAGCCGGAUGACGAUCUCAAGUUCUAUCUUGGCGUGUACCUUGGCAUCUCAACGUUCGCUGCCCUCACAAUCGCAAUCAAGACGUUGACGGUGAUGCGCGCUGCGAUUCGCGCGUCGCAUGCCCUAUUCGAGUCCAUCACGUACACGGUCCUCCAUGCACCUCCACGAUGGCUGGACACGGUUCCGGUGGGUCGCAUCUUGAAUCGCUUCGUGGGCGACUUCGCCCUGGUCGACUCGCGUCUCGGCGGUGACUUCAACUGGUCUUUCCACGGCAUCCUGACCAUCAUGACCAUCAUCGGCGCCGCGCUGUUCGUGUCUGGGUACAUGAUUCUGCCCAUUGUCCUGUUUGCCUUGGUAAGCUUGUACUACACGAACAUCUACCUCGAAGGCGCCAGAGACAUCAAGCGGCUCGAGAGCAACGCCAAGUCGCCUAUUUUUGAGUUGCUGGGAUCCGCUCUCGCGGGCCUGGCAACGAUCCGGAGCUUUGGAAAAGCGGACGAUUAUGCCGAACGCAUGUUUGGUCGAAUCGACGAUUACGGCAAGAGUACCUGGAACCUGCUCUUGGCGACGCGCUGGAUGGCCUUCCGGCACGGCCUGUUUGGCAGCAUCUUCACGUUCUUGGUGGCUGUGACGGUGAUCCUGCUUGACGGCAUCAGCGCGUCGCUUGCGGGCUUCACGCUCGGCUUUGCCUUGGAAUACUCCAACAUCGCCAUCCAGACCAUCGGGCGGUACACGGGCUUCGAGCUCGAUAUGAACUCGGCUGAGCGCGUCAUCGAAUACACUAAACUUAAAACCGAGGACCUCUCGGGAUCUCCCGCCCCGCGCGAUUGGCCCACGGCCGGGCGUCUCCAAGUGCAGAACCUCUCGGCCAGCUACGCGCCCGACCUCCCCCUCGUGCUCAAGGGCCUCUCCUUCACGGCCGAGUCCCGCCAACGCAUCGGCGUGGUCGGGCGGACGGGCAGCGGCAAGUCGUCGCUCACGCUCGCCCUCUUCCGCUUCCUCGCGGCGCGCGACGGCGGCCGCAUCCUCAUCGACGGGCUGGACAUCUCGCGGCUCCGGCUGCACGACGUGCGCAGCAGGCUGGCCAUCAUCCCGCAGGACCCGGUCCUGUUCUCGGGCACGCUGCGGUCCAACCUCGACCCGUUCGACGAGCACGGCGACGCGGCGCUGCUGGACGCGCUGCGGCGCGUGCACCUGCUCGAGUCGGACGCCGUGGAGGAGCAGGCCCGGGGUGGUGCGGAUGGCGCCGGCGCGGCCAACGUCAAUAUCUUCCGCACGCUUGGCACGCCCAUCGCGCGCGGCGGCCUCAACCUCUCGCAGGGCCAGCGCCAGCUCCUCUGCCUCGCGCGCGCCGUGGUGCGGCAGCCGCGGCUGAUGGUGCUCGACGAGGCCACGUCGGCCGUCGACAUGGCGACGGACGCGCGCAUCCAGCGCAGCAUCCGCGAGGACUUUGGCGGCUGCACGCUGCUCGUCAUCGCGCACCGGCUGAGCACGGUGGCGGACUUCGACAAGGUGCUCGUCAUGGACGACGGGCGGGCGGUCGAGUUUGGCAGCCCGGCGGAGCUGCUGAGGGGACGGGGCGUCUUCUGCGAGAUGGUGGGGGCGAGUGGAGAGCGGGAGGGGAUUGAGAGGGCGGUUUUGGGACCGGGUAGGUAG